AUGGAGGGCUCCAAGUCCUCUAGCACCACCAUGCAGGUGAGCUUUGUGUGUCAGCGCUGCAGUCAGCCUCUCAAGCUGGACACAUCCUUCAAUGUGCUAGACCGUGUCACCAUCCAGGAACUUAUUGGUAUGUUUACCCAAGUGUGUGUGUUUGAGAGAAAGAUAUUGUUUGUUAGAGAGAGAGUGUGUGUGUGAGAGAGCUACAGAGGAAGAUAUGGAUAUCGGAGUUGUGCAUCUUCUGUCCAACCAGCUCCGCUGGUCACAGUGACGCCAAGCAAACAGACAGAAAGCAGUGACGUGGAAAGUGCACCAGAGGUGAGCGACUGGGCUGGUUCAAUCCAAUAAAUAAAUAAAUUGUAAACAGGAUUCACAGCAAUAUACUUUGUUCUAACCACUGAAAGGGGUUCUAAUUUUCAUCUCUUCGUCCAGGAGACCUUUGUGGAAACAAAGCAAGAUGGAGUUGCAAGAAAAUACAUCCCUCCUGCAAGGUAGCAUCAUGUCUAACUUACUACCUUCCAACCUGCUCUGGUCCUGCUUAGACUACACAGUGUAAUGCCCUGCUCUCAACUACCAUACCCUCAAGGCCUAGGACAGGGGUAUUCAACUCUUACCCUUAGAGGUCCGGAGCCUGCUGGUUUUCUGCUCUACCUGAUAAUUAAUUUCACACACCUGGUGUCCCAGGUCUAAAUCAGUCCAUGAUUAGAGGGGAACAAAUACAGUGGAAAUGCAUUUGGUUCGAGGUCCAGAGUUGAGUUUGAAGGGUCUAGGAUGAUGUUUACAUGGGGAGAUUCUCAUUUGGGCAAGAGUCCGUCCUCUCUCCUCCGUGACCCGGAAACCGAUAAGUGGUCAAGUGGAGUGUCAAUUUGUUAGUAGGCAAACGAAAGAGUCUGCUCGUGGUGGCAAGCGCUGAAGUGUUUUAAUACCCGCCACACCCCGUUUUUCUCGAAGGAAAAAAAGCAUGCAAACGUUUAAAAACAAUAUGCUACUUAUUUUGUAUAUAAAAUGUAUUGCACAACUAGCUACAUUUGUUUUUAUCACUUUACACAUAUUUUGGGAUUCCACACCUGUAAACGUAAUUUGCCUGAUGACGCACGAGUGGAGGAGUCUCAUUUCAUACAAGUGCAUUUUCGUCCACGUUCACUCUCCUCGCAGUCUCCCCUCGAUAACCUUUGACCUUUUUCAAAAGGAGGCAAGAGAGGAGAUGGGACGCAGGAGUUGAGCAAAACCAAUGAGAUUCUCCCAUAGUGUGAACUGUGUGUGUAGGAUGAUGUCCACAGAGAGCACGAACAGCUUCACUCUGAUUGGAGAAGCAUCGGACGGGGGCAACAUGGAGAACCUGAGUCGGAGGCUGAAGGUGACCAGCGAUCUGUUUGACAUCAUGUCGGGCCAGAGUGAUGUAGACCACCCGCUGUGUGAGGAGUGCACAGAAACCCUGCUAGACCACCUGGACACACAGCUCAACAUCACAGAGAACGAGUGCCAGAACUACAAGUGAGUAGUCAUACAUUACUACCACACUAUAGAACUAUACGUGGGUAGUCUACACAAUGCAACACAUUUUUACUAGAUAUUUGCUUAGGCAAGGAGUAAAGAAAGACCCACAAAAUAUAUAGUGCUGGGUUUAGACAAAUAUACUGUUGCUUGGAGCAAUAUUGUGUGUCAAAAGAGGAUCGCUUCUUUGAACGCCCAGAUUUUUGCGUGUGUUGUCCUUGUCUGAGUGUAUGUACUGUGCAUUCAGAAAGUAUUCAGACCCCUUCACUUUUUCCACGUUUUGUUACGUUACGGCCUUAUUCUAAAAUGGAUUAAAUCGUUUUCUCCCCUCACCAAUCUACACAAAAUACCCCAUGAUGACGAAGCAAAAACGUUAUUUGUAAAGAAUUUUUUGCAAAUGUAUAAAAAACAAAUACGGAAAUAUUAUGUUUACAUAAGUAUUCAGACCAUUUACUCAGUACUUUGUUGAAGCACGUUUGGCAGCAAUUACAGCCUCGUCUUCUAAGGUAUGACGCUACAAGCUUGGCACUCCUGUAUUUUAGGAGUUUCUUCCAUUCUUCUCUGCAGAUCCUCUCAAGCUCUGUCAGGUUGGAUGGGCAGCGUUGUUGCACAGCUAUUUUCAGGUCUCUCCAGAGAUGUUUGAUUGGGUUCAAGUCCGGGCUCUGGCUGGGCCACUGAAGGACAUUUAGAGACUUGUCCCGAAGCCACUCCUGCGUUGUCUUGGCUGUGUGCUUAGGGUUGUUGUACUCUUGGAAGUUGAACCUUCGCAACCAGUCUGAGGACCUGCGCACUAUGGAGCUGAGUGUAUGUACUGUGCAUUCGGAUCUCUCAGUAAUUCGCACCGUUCAUCUUUCCCUCGAUCCUGACUAGUCUCCCAGUCCCUGCAUGAUGCUGCCACCACCAUGCUUCACCGUAGGGAUCGUAUUGGCCAGGUGAUGAGCUUUGCCUGGCCAAAGAGUUCAAUCUUGGUUUCAUCAGACCAGAAAAUCAUGUUUCUCAUGGUCAGUCCUUUAGGUGCCUUUUGUCAAACUCCAAGUGGGCUGUUAUGUGCCUUUUUACUGAGGAGUGGCUUCCGUCUGGCCACUCUACCAUAAAGGCCUGAUUGGUGGAGUGCUGCACAGAUGGUUGUCCUUCUGGAAGGUUCUCCCAUCUCCACAGAGGAACUCUGGAUCUCUGUCAGAGUGGCCAUUGGGUUCUUGGUCACCUCCCUGACCAAGGCCCUUCUCCCCCGAUUGCUCAGCUUGGCCGGGCGGCCAGCUCUAGGAAGAGUCUUGGUGGUUCCAAACUUCUUCCAUUUAAGAAUGAUGGAGGCUAUUGUGUUUUUGGGGCCAUUCAAUUCUGCAGACAUUUUCUGGUACCCUUCCCCAGAUCUGUGCCUCGACACAAUCCUGUCUCGGAGCUCUACGGACAAUUCGUUCGACCUAAUGGCUUGGUUUUUGCUCUGACCUGCACUGUCAACUGUGGGACCUUUUUAUAUAGACAGGUGUGUGUCUUUCCAAAUCAUGUCCAAUCAAUUGAAUUUAUCACAGGUGGACUCCAAACAAGUCGUAGAAAUAUUUCAAGGAUGAUCAAUAGAAACAGGAUGCACCUGAGCUCAAUUUCGAGUCUCAUAGCAAAGGGUCUGAAUACUUAUAUAAAUAAGGUAUUUUUUAAAUUAUUAUUAUUAUUAUUAUUUAUAAAUUUGCGAACAUUUCUUGGCCUGUUCUCGCUUUGUCAUUAUGGGGUAUUGUGUGUAGAUUGAUGAGGGAAAAAAUAAUAAUUUAAUCAAUUUUAGAAUAAGGCUGUAACGUAACAAAAUGUGGAAAAAGUGAAGGGGUCUGAAUACUUUCCGGAUGCACUAUGUAUUUUAUGUUUGUGUGUUUGAUUUCCUUGUCUGUGUCUCUGUGUGUGUGUAUGUUUUUACAUGUGUAUCCUCUACCAGGAACUGCCUGGAGCUGCUGUCCCAGCUGCAGGAGGAGGAGGAGGACAGUCUGCUGGGUCAGCUCCAGAAGCUGGGCGAGGAGUCGUCGUUGCUGGUGGGUGAGCUGGAGGUGGUGGAGGAGCAGAGGGCCGCCGUGGCUGAGGAUCUGGUCCAGGGACGUAGCCACUCCCAGCAGCUAGACACUGAGGAACUGCAGUGAGUAACACCUGUCUGUUGUGGGGAGAGAGAUGACUCCGCCCGUUCUCCAGUCUGAGGACUUUUGGAUGAUGUACAGUAUUUCCAAGUCCAAAGCACUUUGGCUGUCACGCUGUCUCACAGGCAGUGCGAACAAAUUCAAGAAACAUAGUAUUAUAUACAGUGCAUUCGGAAAGUAUUCAGACCCCUUGACUUUUUCCACAUUUUGUUACGUUACAGCCUUAUUCUAAAAUUGAUGAAAUUGUUUUUUCCCCCCUCAUCAAUCUACGCACAAUACCCCAUAAUGACAAAGCAAAAAGAGGUUUUUUGAAAUGUUUGCAAAUAUAUUAAUAAUAAACGGAUAUUACAUUUACAUAAGUAUUCAGACCCUUUACUCAAUACUUUGUUGAAGCACCUUUGGCAGCGAUUACAGCCUUGAGUCUUCUUGGGUAUGACGCUACAAGCUUGGCACACCUGUAUUUGGGGAGUUUCUCCCAUUCUUCUCUGCAUAUCCUCUCAAGCGCUGUCAGGUUGGCUGGGGAGCAUUUCUGCACGUCUAUUUUCAGGUAUCUCCAGAGAUGUUCGAUCGGGUUCAAGUCCGGGCUCUGGCUGGGCCACUCAAGGACAUUGAGACUUGUCCCGAAACCACGCCUGCGUUGUCUUGGCUGUGUGCUUAGGGUCGUUGUCCAGUUGGAAGGUAAACCUUUGCCGCAGUCUGAGGUCCUGAGCGCUCUGGAGCAGGUUUUCAUCAAGGAUCUCUCUGUACUUUGCUCCGUUCAUCUUUCCCUCGAUCCUGACGAGUCUCCCAGUCCCUGUCGCUGAAAAACAUUCCCACAGCAUGAUACUGCCACCACCAUGCUUCACCGAAGGGAUGGUGCCAGGUUUCCUGCAGACGUGAUGCUUGGCAUUCAGGCCAAAGAGUUUAAUCUUGGUUUCAUCAGACCAGAGAAUCUUGUUUCUCAUGGUCUGAGAGUCCUUUAGAUGCCUUUUGGCAAACUCCAAGCGGGCUGUCAUGUGCCUUUUACUGAGGAGUGGCUUCCGUCUGGCCACUCUACGAUAAAGGCCUGAUCGGUGGAGUGCUGCACAGAUGGUUGUCCUUCUGGAAGGUUCUCCCAUCUCCACAGAGGAACUCUAGAGCUCUGUCAGAGUGACCAUCGGGUUCUUGGUCACCUCCCUGACCAAGGCCCUUCUCCCCCGAUUGCUCUGUUUGGCCGGGCGGCCAGGUCUAGGAAGAGUCUUGGUGGAUCCAAACUUCUUCCAUUUAAGAAUGAUGGCGGCCACUGUGUUCUUGGGGACCUUCAAUGCUGCAGACAUUUUUUUUGUACCCUUUCCCCAGAUCUGUGCCUCGACACAAUACUGUCUCGGAGCUCUAUGGACAAUUCCUUCAACCUCAUGGCUUGGUUUUUGCUCUGACAUGCACUGUCAACUGUGGGACCUUAUAUAGACAGGUGUGCCUUUCCAAAUCAUGUCCAAUCAAUUGAAUUUACCACAGGUGGACUCCAAUCAAGUUGUAGAAACAUCUCAAGGAUGAUCAUUGGAAAAUGGAUGCACCUAAGCUCAAUUCUGAGUCGCAUAUCAAUGGGUCUGAAUACUUAUGUGAAUGUAUUUCAGUUUUUUUAUUUUUAAUACAUUUGCAAACAUUUCAAAAACCUGUUUUCGUGUUGUCAUUAUGGGGUAUUUUGUGAAGAUUUUAAUUUUUUAAAAGUCCAUUUUAUAAUAAGGCUGUAACAAAAUGUGGAAAAAGUCAAGGGGUCUGAAUACUUUCCGAAUGCACUGUAGAGCCAUGAUUGUAUUGAACUCCCUUCCAGCAAAGAUUGCUCAAGGGAACAGCCAACCUGUUUUAAAAAAACAGAUAAAGCAACACAACACCUGUUCCCUAUUUGACCUAGGUAUUGUGUGUAUGUGUUGAUAUGUAGGCUAUGUGGGACGUUUUAAAUGUAUGUAGUUCUGUCCUUGAGCUGUUCUUGUCUAUUAACGUUCUUUGUUUCAUAUUUUGUGUGGACCCCAGGAAGAGUAGCUGCUGCUAUUGCAACAGCUAAUGGGCAUAGUAAUAAAAUGCCAAAAUCCCCCUCCAAAAAGAUGGAUUGUCACAUACACCGGAUAGGUGCAGUGAAUUGUUUUACAGGGUCAGCCAUAGUAGUACCACGUCUCUGGAGCAAAUUUGACAGAUUUUUCAACUUGUUGGCUCGGGAAUUUAAACCGGCGACCUUUCGUUUACUGGCCUAAUGCUCUAACUGCUAGGGUACCUGCCGCAAAUGAGCCUGUGAACCGCGCUCUCACCAACACGCACUUAGUAAACAAAUGAAUGGGACACCGUUCACCCUACUGGAAACUUGCACAAAUGCGUAUUUUGAGACUGUAUACUGCAAGAUGGGUGAAUGGGAUGAGGCAAAAGUGGGAUAGAGAUGAAACUUCAAAUUGAAUUCCAAAUCGACCCCUACUCUCUGCAGAUAUAAUUCAGUUUCACAAAUGAAUGAAUCCCUUAGCCUCCCCUGGUGUGUGUGUGUGUGUCCGUGUGCUCCAGGUACCAGAAGGAGUACAGUGAGUUCAAGCGUCAGCAGCUGGAGCUGGAUGAUGAGCUGAAGAGUGUGGACAACCAGAUGCGCUACUGCCAGUUGCAACUCGACCGCCUGAAGAAGACCAACGUCUUCAACGCCACUUUCCACAUCUGGUAAGGACACAUACACACAGACGUAUACAGACACGUAUACAUACACUACAUGACCAUAAGUAUGUGGACACCUGCUCGUUGAACAUCUCAUUUCAAAAUCAUGGGAUUUCUGAUCAGUCCCUACACCCAAACGAGGGCAUUGCGUUCAUCCACCUCUGGCCUGCUGGCUCCCCUUCCUCUGCGGAAGCAUAGUUCCCGCUCAGCCCAGUCAAAACUGUUCGCUGCUCUGGCACCCCAAUGGUGGAACAAGCUCCCUCACGACGCCAGGACAGCGGAGUCACUCACCACCUUCCGGAGACAUUUGAAACCCCACCUCUUUAAGGAAUACCUGGGAUAGGAUAAAGUAAUCCUUCUACCCCCCCCUAAAAAAAUUAAAAUAAAAAAAUUGUAAAGUGGUUAUCCCACUGGCUAUAGGGUGAAUGCACCAAUUUGUAAGUCGCUCUGGAUAAGAGCGUCUGCUAAAUGACGUAAAUGUAUUUAAUAUGGAGUUGGUCCUCCCCUCUACUCUUCUGGGCAGGCUUUCCACUAGAUGUUGGAAGAUUGCUGCGGGGACUUGCUUCCAUUUAGCCAUGAGCAUUAGUGAGGUCGGGCACUGAUGUUGGGUGAUUAGGCCAGGCUCGCAGUCGGCGUUCCAAUUCAUCCCAAAGGUGUUCGACGGGGUUGAGGUCAGGGCUCUGUGCAGGCCAGUCAAGUUCUUCCACACUGAUCUCGACAAACCAUUUCUGUAUGGACCUCACUUUGUGCACAGGGGCAUUCUCAUGCUGAAACAGGAAAGGGCCUUCCCUUUCCUGUUUGCCACAAAGUUGGAAGCACAGAAUCGUCUAGAAUGUCAUUGUAUGCUGUAGCGUUAAGAUUUCCCUUCACUGGAACUAAGGGACCUAGCCCAAACCAUGAAAAACUGCCCCAGUCCAUUAUUUCUCUUCCACCAAACUUUACAGUUGGAACUAUACAUUGGUGCAGGUAGCGUUCUCCUGGCAUCUGCCAAACCAAGAUUCGUCCGUCGGACUGCCAGAUGGUGAAGCGUGAUUCAUCACUCCAGAAAACGCAUUUCCGCUGCUCCAGUCCAAUGGCGGCGAGCUUUACACCACUCAAGCCAACGCUUGGCAUUGCGCAUGGCGAUCUUAGGCUUGUGUGGGGCUGCUCUACCAUUUCAUGAAGCUCCUGACGAACAGUUCUUGUGCUGACAUUGCUUCGAGGCAGUUUGGAACUCGGUAGUGAGUGUUGCAACCGAGGACAGACUAUUUUUACGCGCUACCCGCUUCAGCACUCGGAGGUCCCGUUCUGUGAGCUUGUGUGGCCUAUCACUUCGCCUGCUGAGCCGUUGUUGCUCCUAGACGUUUCCACUUCACAGUAACAACACUUGAAGUUGACCGGCGCAGCUCUAGCAGGGCAGAAAUUUGAUGAACUGACUUGUUGGAAAGGUGGCAUCCUAUGACAGUGCCACGUUGAAAGUCACUGAGCUCUUCAGUAAGGCUAUUCAACUGCCAAUGUUUGUCUAUGGAGAUUGCAUGGCUGUGUGCUCGAUUUUAUACAUCUGUCAGCAACGGGUGUGGCCGAAAUAGCCAAAUCCACUAAUUUGAAGGGGUGCCCAAAUACUUUUGUGUAUACAGUGCAUUCGGAAAGCUCAGACCCCUUGACUUUUUCCACAUUUUGUUACGUUACAGCCUUAUUCUAAAAUGUAUUAAAUUGUUUUUAUGUGUCUCAUAGCAAAGGGUCUGAAUAAUUAUGUAAAGAAGGUAUUUCUGCUUGUAUUUUUUAACAAAUUUGCAAACAUUUCUAAACCUGUUUUCGCUUUGUCAUUAUGGUGUAUUGUGUGUAGAUUGAGGGAAAAAAAUAUGCAAUCAAUUUUAGAAUAAGGCUGUAACAUAAAGAAAUGUGGAAAAAGGGGUCUGAAUACUUUCCGAAUGCAGAGUAUAUAGUGUAUAUACACUCAAAUACACCAAUGCACAAACACACAUCAAUUAUUGACCAAAAUUCUGUCCGUUUAGCUACUUGAAUACUCCUCUGUUUGAAGUGGUGGCACUGGCAUGCUUGUAUUUAUCAUGAAAGCAUAGCUGCCUCUGUCUCUCACCCUUCCUCUUGUCCGUAGAAUUCGAAACACUAUUUUUUUUACAUUGAUCGUUUGUAGUAAUUAUAAUACGUUUCUCUGGUCCCCAGGCACAGUGGCCAGUUUGGCACCAUCAACAACUUCCGCCUGGGCCGACUACCCAGCGUCCCCGUAGAGUGGAACGAGAUCAACGCUGCAUGGGGUCAGACCGUGCUACUGCUCCACGCCCUCGCCAACAAAAUGGGGCUACGUUUACAGAGGUCAGACAUGACAUCACCAGAACACAUGCUCAUACACACACAGGCAUGUUGGCCUCUAUGCCAUGUUACUUCUAUCCACAAAUACCUGCUUAAACGAUGCUGUUUUAAAAUUACUAGUAUUAUCUUCAAUUGCUAUAUAACUAUUUGAAUCAGUUAUUUUAUCAUAUCCAAAUGGACAUGAUACAUUGUACAAUAUUAUGUCAUCAUUAAAGUAAUGUAAAUAUCUUGCUGAUCUCGCUCUGCAGAUACCGCCUGGUCCCAUAUGGAAACCACUCUUACCUGGAGUCACUCACAGACAAGUCUAAGGUAAUGAUUGUUACGAACAUGUAAGGUCUCAAACUUAAAAGCUUUCACAUGUAGUGUACAAUGAACACACCGCUGGCUACUAUAUGGAGACAAACAAAAAUGUUUACAGAGCUGUGAAAAAAGUGAACUAUCCCUUGAAUAUUAUUUUGCAAUACUCAUUAGACUUGCCCAAGCCAACUCACAUGAAUAGGCUAUGUUCUAUUUGGUACAUUCCACUCUCACUUUCCUGUUGUGUGUAGGAGCUACCACUGUACUGUUCGGGGGGGCUGCGCUUCUUCUGGGACAACAAGUUUGACCAUGCCAUGGUGGCCUUCCUGGACUGUGUGCAGCAGUUCAAGGAGGAGGUGGAGAAGGGAGACACGGGAUUCUGCCUGCCCUACAGGUCAGUCAACUAGCAGACGUCAUCGAAUUAGAAUUGUAAUCAUCGGUGGAUUAUGCGGAGAUAAAGGAUUAAGCGGGUAAACUUUAGUCUUGUGCAAGUUAUACAACUCAAUUAAUUAGGGGUUCACAGCAAACCUGUGAAUACCUAUUGUUAUUGUUUUCUUAUUUAGAUUUGUUUUUCUUGACAUGGUCAAAUAACGCAAGCAUAGAUUGGUCACUUUUUUCCUAAUUUGGCACACAAACUAGAGGCCAUGAGUAACUUGGUCAAAAAGAAUGGCACCAAUUGGCCUAUAUGGGGCGCUGUUAUAAGAAGUCUCACUUACAUUUUACAUUUUAGUCAUUUAGCAGACGCUCUUAUCCAGAGCGACUUACAGGAGCAAUUAGGGUUAAGUGCCUUGCUCAAGGGCACAUUUACGUCAAUUAGCAGACGCUCUUAUCCAGAGCGACUCACAAAUUGGUGCAUUCACCCUAUAGCCAGUGGGAUAACCACUUUACAAUUUUUUUUGGGGGGGGGGUAGAAGGAUUACUUUAUCCUAUCCCAGGUAUUCCUUAAAGAGGUGGGGUUUCAAAUGUCUCCGGAACACUCAUAUCUGUUGCCCCGUUUGACAUGGGCUGCGUUUACACAGGCAGCCCAAUUCUGAUAUUUUUUCCACUAAUUGGUCUUUUGGCCAAUCACAUUAGAUAUUUUUCAGAUCUGAUUGGCCAAAAGACCAUUUAGUGAAAAAAAUAUCUAAAUUGGGCUGCCUGUGUAAACGCAGCCCUAGGGACUUGAAACUUUGUAUGUAGGCGUCUUCCCUCAUGCUGAACAAAUUUGCCUCAAGGACCGAUAAGGUCCGCCAUGAUAGAUUUUCCUCCAUCUUGGAAAUUUUGAAAAAUGUAGUUUUAGAAGUCAAGAGAUUGGUAAAGAGAUGGCUGAGUUAUUGAUGAAUCAGGAAUUCCGAUUUACAAAAUCUUUUGUAAAUCAAUUCCACAAUGGCCUAUCAACUUUAACAUUAUUAUGAUGUACCAUUUUAAGUUUAGCUAUGUAACGCUAUUGCUUAAAAUAAUCAUACAAAAUCUUCUCUUGUAAAUAAGAAUUUGUUCUUAACUGACUUGCCUAGUUAAAUUAAAUAAAAGUCAGAUUCACUCCAAAUUUGGUCUUUGAGGCAUCACAAUAGUCCCUAAAGAGUUUAAAAUAACGUUGAUGCAUUCAAAGAUGGCCACACUAUACCAGUAGAUGCAUAUUUGCACAUAUGCUAAAAUACUUUUUAAAUGUUAUUCUAAUGAACCAUAGGACGGACCAAAUGUGUAAUGUAGGCCCAUGGUACAUGUCUUAACUUAGUUUGAGAAAAGCUAAGGUAUUGGUCAGAAGAUGGCUGAGUUAUCACCAAUUUGUAAGUCGCUCUGGAUAAGAGCGUCUGCUAAAUGACGAAAAUGUAAAUGUUAUUGACUGACAAAAAAAUCGAAAUUUACGUGCCCAUUUAAAUCCACUCCACAGUGGCCUAUCAACUUUAAACUUGUUAUCGCCAUCAUGUAAGAUGAACCACACUGAUUUGGUAUUGAUAUAUAAAAAAACAAGGUUAACAUUAACAACUCAUUCUUUGAGCAUUAGCGUUACAUAUGCAAUCUUCUCCUCAUGAAUCAUCAGUCAGAUUCACUCCAGAUUUUGUAUUUAGACUCAUUACAUCUUUAAUGGUUUUGAGAAAAAAAUUGUUGCUGCAUUCAAAUAUGCCGGCACUGUACCUAUAGAUGCACGUUAGCACAUAUGCUGAUGCUAGAAAUACUUAAAAUCUCAUGAACCAUAAAUCAGAUUGACUCCAGAUUUGGUAUAUUGACUCAAUGAAUUAGCCUCUAAUGAAUGAGAAUGAUUAGUUGCUGCAUUGUCACACACCACCACUAGAUUGCACCAUAUCACACCAGGGACAUGGGGCUAUGAAAUUUGGUAUGUGAACCUUAUGUACAGUGCAUUCGGAAAGUAUUCAGACCCCUUCCCCUUUUCCACAUUUUGUUACGUUACAGCCUUAUUCUAAAAUUGAUUAAAUAGUUUUUUCCCCCUCAAUCUACACACAAUACCCCAUAAUGACAAAGCGAAAACAGGUUUAGAAAAUUUUGCAAAUUUAUAUAAAAAAAUAAAUAAACAUUAUUUACAUAAGUAUUCAGACGUCAUUAACACCAGUGAGACAAUAUUCACAUCCUAUAAUAAUUUAACCAUUAUGGCUGUGUUUACACAGGCAGACAAAUUCUUGUAUUUAAAAAAAAAUACUUUUGACAAAUCAUAUCAGAUCUUUUUCAGAACUGAUCUGAUUGUUCAAAAGAAUUUGGCUGCCUGUGUAAACGCAGCCAAUGUUUUAUUUUCACCUCGUUGCCUCUGGACAAUUUGGCUUGAGAAACUCUGGAAAAUCCCGAUUGCCUUAACUAAUGUUGUACGCACUUACCUGUAGUGUAUUGCAAUUUGCAAUCAAUACAAUUCCUAAACCUUACCAAAUGUACACCAUAACACGGGUAACUACACAAUGGACACGCUCAAAGGGAUGCACAAGGGCUAUGUUUAGACAGGCAGCCCAAUUCUGAUCUUUUCCCACUAAUUGGUCUUUUGACCAAUCAGAUAAGAUCUUUUAACAUCAGAUCUUUUUCAGAGCUGAUUGGUCAAAAGACCAAUUAGUAAAAAAAUAUAAGAAUUGGUCUGCCUGUCUAAAUGCAGUCAAGAACAAAACAGUUAAGAGAACAAUUCUAAAACCACAUCUUAUUCAAACCAUAUUUGGUAAGUAGAACAAAUUAAUUUCUAAUGAGUUUAACAAAAUAAAGUCCAGACAUCAAAGAUAAUCCCAAUAUACCAAUACACUAAUGCUGAAAAUAUUUCACAAAUCUUAACAAACCAUUACUCAAAUUGACCCCCGAAUUGGUAUAUAAACUCAAUACAUUAAGUAAUGAGUUUAAGAAUCAUUACCUGCUGCAUUCAAAGAUAACAACAUACAGCACUAGACUUAACUUCUCUUGCAUCAUCCUUGUGGUAAUGAGAGAUAAACAUGGUAAAGCUUUCGCUGAUUGCACAUAAAGGAUGAUAGGUCCUACCUGAUAGAGUGCUUGCUUUGUUAUCCAACUGAUAUGGUGUCUUUUCUGUCAUCCUGUGAACCCCAUUCAUUGCUGCUUGCAGCUAUAUAUAUAUAUUUUUUUCUUCCAAUUCAUAAAAAAUGGUUAGACUCUUACAUUUCCCAUUUAUUAGAUCAUGAAAACACAAAUAUUCAGAUUUGUAUCUUCAUAUUUUAUUUCCUCUACUUUCCUGCACCAGUAACAAAUCUGACUGAAAACGAUUUAGAGUUCUUUGGAUUUUAUUGAAGAAAUACAGGUGUUUCUGUAGAUUUGAGGAACUGCUGACUACAGUUGGUUUUGAAUACAAUACUACUGCCUCCUAGUAGUACUGCUUCUUCUUGGAACCCUCAUAGAUUCCAAGGUAGAAGUCAUAUUUUGGGCAACAGCAGGUCUAGCAGUCACUGUCAGUUCAAUACAAAAGAGUGACAGACUCUGGUCCCUUGGUGCAUCAUACCACGGUGCCCCUGAGCCGGUGCUUGGUGGAGUCAUAGACCCCCAUUUGGAGCUCUUGGAGGAGAGCUUGGCACAGAUUUCGCUGUGUUUCCCAAGGUGUCUGGGAUCAAAGCACCGGCCGCAGUGCUCACACGGCUUCAGUUUGGAGUUGGCUGCACUCCUCCCAAAUCAACGUUUCACCUCCACAUGAAAGAAUGGACGUUAUCAGAUGGGCCGAAGAAUGGAGAGCUAGGGCAACAAAUACAAGACAAUAUAUUAGCAUGGCCUUGAAAUUUAAGCUACUUUAUCUGUCAGUCUUUUUUCUCUUCCUUAUUCAUUCUUCACUCAUUCAGUUUUAAUUCCUGGGUGACACUGAUCAACGAGGGCUGCCCUCUGGUCUGACUGACUGUAAUGGUUCCUCCUUGGCAUCAUUGUUUUUAAUUUUUUUAUAUUAAAACAUACAAUCUACCUGCAGUGAAGCCGUUCAACAUUUACAUGACAUUCAGUCAUCUAGCAGACACUCCCAUCCAGAGCGACACACAGGAGCAACCAGGGUCAAGCGCCCCGCCCAACGGCACGUCGACCUGAUCACCACCAAGUCAAAACGGGGACCCCAAUCUAGCGACCUAUCAGCCACCGGCCCAACCACCAGGCCACCAACCAUCCAAGAUCCCCCCCCACAGUUCCCCAAGAGCUGCCCCUCAACCAACUCUACAGAGCUGCGAUGAUUGUAUGCCCCAAAUAUUCAACAGUUUGUUGGUGUCAAGGAUUCUGUACAAUAAUUUUAGCUGAAAGGUACAAAGUCUUAAAUCUUGCGUCAUUUUACAUACAGUGGGGAGAACAAGUAUUUGAUACACUGCCGAUUUUGCAGGUUUUCCUACUUACAAAGCAUGUAGAGGUCUGUAAUCUUUAGCAUAGGUACACUUCAACUGUGAGAGACGGAAUCAAAAAAAAAAAAAAUCCAGAAAAUCACAUUGUAUGAUUUUUAAGUAAUUAAUUUGCAUUUUAUUGCAUGACAUAAGUAUUUGAUACAUCAAAAGCAGAACUUAAUAUUUGGUACAGAAACCUGUGUUUGCAAUUACAGAGAUCAUACGUUCCCUGUAGGUCUUGACCAGGUUUGCACACACUGCAGCAGGGAUUUUGGCCCACUCCUCCAUACAGACCUUCUCCAGAUCCUUCAGGUUUCGGGGCUGUCGCUGGGCAAUACGGACUUUCAGCUCCCUCCAACGAUUUUCUAUUGGGUUCAGGUCUGGAGACUGGCUAGGCCACUCCAGGACCUUGAGAUGCUUCUUACGGAGCCACUCCUUAGUUGCCCUGGCUGUGUGUUUCGGGUCGUUGUCAUGCUGGAAGACCCAGCCACGACCCAUCUUCAAUGCUCUUACUGAGGGAAGGAGGUUGUUGGCCAAGAUCUCGCGAUACAUGGCCCCAUCCAUCCUCCCCUCAAUACGGUGCAGUCGUCCUGUCCCCUUUGCAUAAAAGCAUCCCCAAAGAAUGAUGUUUCCACCUCCAUGCUUCACAGUUGGGAUGGUGUUCUUGGGGUUGUACUCAUCCUUCUUCUUCCUCCAAACACGGCGAGUGGAGUUUAGACCAAAAAGCUCUAUUUUUGUCUCAUCAGACCACAUGACCUUCUCCCAUUCCUCCUCUGGAUCAUCCAGAUGGUCAUUGGCAAACUUCAGACAGGCCUGGACAUGCGCUGGCUUGAGCAGGGGGACCUUGCGUGCGCUGCAGGAUUUUAAUCCAUGACUACGUAGUGUGUUACUAAUGGUUUUCUUUGAGACUGUGGUCCCAGCUCUCUUCAGGUCAUUGACCAGGUCCUGCCGUGUAGUUCUGGGCUGAUCCCUCACCUUCCUCAUGAUCAUUGAUGCCCCACAAGGUGAGAUCUUGCAUGAAGCCCCAGACCGAGGGUGAUUGACCGUCAUCUUGAACUUCUUCCAUUUUCUAUAAUUGCGCCAACAGUUGUUGCCUUCUCACCAAGCUGCUUGCCUAUUGUGCUGUAGCCCAUCCCAGCCUUGUGCAGGUCUAUAAUUUUAUCCCUGAUGUCCUUACACAGCUCUCUGGUCUUGGCCAUUGUGGAGAGGUUGGAGUCUGUUUGAUUGAGUGUGUGGACAUGUGUCUUUUAUACAGGUAACGAGUUCAAACAGGUGCAGUUAAUACAGGUAAUGAGUGGAGAACAGGAGGGCUUCUUAAAGAAAAACUAACAGGUCUGUGAGAGACGGAAUUCUUACUGGUUGGUAGGUGAUCAAAUACUUAUGUCAUGCAAUAAAAUGCAAAUUAACUACUUAAAAAUCAUACAAUGUGAUUUUCUGGAUUUUUGUUUUAGAUUCCGUCUCUCACAGUUUGAAGUGUACCUAUGCUAAAAAUUACAGACCUCUACAUGCUUUGUAAGGUACAAAGUCUUAAAUCUUGCGUCAUUUUACAUACGUGGGGAGAACAAGUAUUGAUACACUGCCGAUUUUGCAGGUUUUCCUACUUACAAAGCAUGUAGAGGUCUGUAAUUUUUAGCAUAGGUACACUUCAACUGUGAGAGACGGAAUCUAAAACAAAAAUCCAGAAAAUCACAUUGUAUGAUUUUUAAGUAGUUAAUUUGCAUUUUAUUGCAUGACAUAAGUAUUUGAUCACCUACCAACCAGUAAGAAUUCCGUCUCUCACAGACCUGUUAGUUUUUCUUUAAGAAGCCCUCCUGUUCUCCACUCAUUACCUGUAUUAACUGCACCUGUUUGAAACUCGUUACCUGUAUAAAGACACAUGUCCACACACUCAAUCAAACAGACUCCAACCUCUCCACAAUGGCCAAGACCAGAGAGCUGUGUAAGGACAUCAGGGAUAAAAUUAUAGACCUGCACAAGGCUGGGAUGGGCUACAGCACAAUAGGCAAGCAGCUUGGUGAGAAGGCAACAACUGUUGGCGCAAUUAUAGAAAAUGGAAGAAGUUCAAGAUGACGGUCAAUCACCCUCGGUCUGGGGCUUCAUGCAAGAUCUCACCUUGUGGGGUAUCAAUGAUCAUGAGGAAGGUGAGGGAUCAGCCCAGAACUACACGGCAGGACCUGGUCAAUGACCUGAAGAGAGCUGGGACCACAGUCUCAAAGAAAACCAUUAGUAACACACUACGCCGUCAUGGAUUAAAAUCCUGCAGCGCACGCAAGGUCCCCCUGCUCAAGCCAGCGCAUGUCCAGGCCCGUCUGAAGUUUGCCAAUGACCAUCUGGAUGAUCCAGAGGAGGAAUGGGAGAAGGUCAUGUGGUCUGAUGAGACAAAAAUAGAGCUUUUUGGUCUAAACUCCACUCGCCGUGUUUGGAGGAAGAAGAAGGAUGAGUACAACCCCAAGAACACCAUCCCAACUGUGAAGCAUGGAGGUGGAAACAUCAUUCUUUGGGGAUGCUUUUAUGCAAAGGGGACAGGACGACUGCACCGUAUUGAGGGGAGGAUGGAUGGGGCCAUGUAUCGCGAGAUCUUGGCCAACAACCUCCUUCCCUCAGUAAGAGCAUUGAAGAUGGGUCGUGGCUGGGUCUUCCAGCAUGACAACGACCCGAAACACACAGCCAGGGCAACUAAGGAGUGGCUCCGUAAGAAGCAUCUCAAGGUCCUGGAGUGGCCUAGCCAGUCUCCAGACCUGAACCCAAUAGAAAAUCGUUGGAGGGAGCUGAAAGUCCGUAUUGCCCAGCGACAGCCCCGAAACCUGAAGGAUCUGGAGAAGGUCUGUAUGGAGGAGUGGGCCAAAAUCCCUGCUGCAGUGUGUGCAAACCUGGUCAAGACCUACAGGGAACGUAUGAUCUCUGUAAUUGCAAACACAGGUUUCUGUACCAAAUAUUAAGUUCUGCUUUUGAUGUAUCAAAUACUUAUGUCAUGCAAUAAAAUGCAAAUUAAUUACUUAAAAAUCAUACAAUGUGAUUUUCUGGAUUUUUUUUUUUUUUGAUUCCGUCUCUCACAGUUGAAGUGUACCUAUGCUAAAAAUUACAGACCUCUACAUGUUUUGUAAGUAGGAAAACCUGCAAAAUCGGCAGUGUAUCAAAUACUUGUUCUCCCCACUGUAACUCACACCCUGUGCCAUGGAAUCGGUACAUCAAAAAUCUCUUCCCAGCUAGUUUGUAAUCUGUAUGGCACAGCUGUCAACAUCCUGGUCCUCAAAUGAAACUGGUAUACUUUCCUAUUUAUUAUAUUUUUGUUUGCCUUCAACAUAAUAAUAAUAAUAAUAUGCCAUUUAGCAGACGCUUUUAUCCAAAGCGACUUACAGUCAUGCGUGCAUACAUUUUUGUGUAUCUUGGUGCUAUGGCGGUAGAUGUCUUUCACCACGCAGGUUUAAUCCCUCUUGGUCUGGAUGGGUCGCAGUGGCAAAGUCAAAAUUGUCCCAAAAAAUCAUCAUUGGUAUUAAUUUAAGGUUAGGAUUAAAAUCAGAUUAAAUGACUGUGCUAGCUAGUGACCACUGCAGAGCUGCCUCCAGGUCAAGAUUCAUGACAAUAAAUGCCAACCUGCCCUGGGACUGGCAGCACCAACAAGGUUCCCUGUUGAAGCAUUAUCUUCCUGUAGCGGGUGUAGGACUCUUCAGCAUGAAGGAGCUUGACAGGGGCAUCUUUUGCAGCUCGAUCUGCAACCAAGUUUUUGUUUAGUAGCUAUAUUUGAUGGUGAUCUUCUGUAAUAACUAUCUAAGGAGGACUCUGCUAUGUCAUAAUAGACCAUAAUAUACUGACCAAAAUGGUGAAUGUGACCUACCAAUGUUGAACUGCAUGCCCACAUCUCGUAUUUAAACAUGGCACUUUUCUUUGAGGGGAAACAUCACUGUACGCGCUGAAUUUGUACAUUACACAUCAAUUGGCUUUGUAACACAUUUAAAUCUACAAAAUGACAAUUGACGUCUGUACGCAAGUGUGUGUGCAGUUACUGAUGGGCCAAGAUAAAGCAUAUGUAGCCCUGCACCGACACACCUGAUUUCAAGAGCUUUGACAUUAGUUGCAUCAGUGCAAAGCUACAACAAGGCUAGAACUGUGUGGUGGUCGCCCGACCAGGAGGUUGAGAAACAUUGAUCUAAUUGAUUAACUUUCCAAUCGUACACAUAAUCUGUAGAUAAACAUUUUGGUGUUAGCAGCUCUAGAUGUUGCACAAGGGUCUUUCACACCUCUUGAGGAAGAAAUAAAGACAAACACUUGGGUUUGAGGUUUAACGCAACUUUUUCUGUUAUGGGUCAGGAUGGACGUGGAGAAGGGCAAGAUUGAGGACACAGGCGGCAGCGGCGGCUCCUACUCCAUCAAGACCCAGUUCAACUCGGAGGAGCAGUGGACCAAAGCGCUUAAGUUUAUGUUAACCAACCUCAAGUGGGGCCUGGCGUGGGUGUCGUCUCAGUUCUAUAACCGAUAGAGGAAGAUGACACCUUGAACUAUGGCCCUUCUAAAACCACAAUUCUGUCUCAA